GCCCGCCGAGUCGUAAAAGAGUAGGGAGAGGGGAGCAAAUAUUCCUUUUUUUCUCUCGAAGCUUCUCUCAUCAAGUUGGAAAAGGGGAAGACCACCAUCUCAACUUUCUUCUGUGAAAUUGAGGAUAACUUUGUAUAAGGUAAGAAAGAUGCACUUCCUUGCAUCAUCUCACCAAAAUGCAGGUGUUCCGCUUGUUUUUAAUAUCAUCAAAUGGACAGCAAAAAGUUCUUGCAACUCGUCGAGGAGAAGAAGAAGAGAGUUCUCGAGAAGAAGGAAGCUCCUUUAAAAUGGGAGCAGAAGUUGGAAGCUGCUGCCAAGGCAGAGGCCGACGCUGAAGAGAAGAGGAAACUGAAGGCCUCAAAGCACAAGAGGAGGAGGUCAGCCACAUCAGCAUCAGACUUCGACAGUGAGAGCGAUAGCAGGAAGAAGGCUCAUCACAAGAAACACAAGCACAGAUCGAAGAAGAGGAGCUCAAGCUCUAGUGAUGGUACUAGUGACGAGCUCGAAAGUGAUUCUGAGGAGGAUCGACCAAGGAGGAAGAGACGGGCCCAUAAGAGGAGGCAUCGGCAUCACUCUUCAAGAACAGACUCUAGCAGGUCGGGUUUGAGUAGCGAAGACGAUGAUUCUUCAGCCUCUGAUUCUGCGGGAGGGAGGGCCAGGAUUAAGCGCAAGCAUCGUCACAGAAAAAGUAGUGCUGAUGAGUCAAUGUCAGAUUCUGAUGACGAUCACAAGCAUCAUAGUCGCCAUAACCGGAAAUCCCAUCAUCGGCAUGGACAUGAUCACGACCAUAACCAAAGUCACCGAAGCCAUGGCCACCAUUAAGAUUCAGUGGAACCAAAUGGGAAGCUGGAGGCAGAAAAUUGAGACACUGACGUUGGACAUUGGCAAAGAUUAUUGAUUGGUUGAUUGAUUGAUGCCCUGGGGUUUACAUUUUUAACUGUUGUGUUUGGAGAUGUAACGGAAACUGCAGGCGCAUUGGAGGCGCUUUUAUUCUCGCAUUUCAUAAUUCACCCAAAUUCUAUCUAAAGUUUGUGGUACGGUUGCUUAUUCUGAUUGCAGCUUUAUUGUAUUUUCUAAUGUCGGAUUGAGUUUGCUUUUGAUGGAUGAAAGAUUUAAAGUAUUGUUUCUGAUAUUUA